AUGGCCCUUGGCAGGCCACGCACCUUUAACGACAAGGACAUCGACCAGGAGCUCCCUUCUGGUGUGGACGACCGUGAUAUCUAUGACAGCACGGACAGACCCUGUUCGCCUUGUGGCGGGGGGCUCUCCGCCAUGUUUGCCCCAAUUAGCUACGCGAGGCUAUGUCGGAUAUUGAGUGGCGUUCUGAGCGACAUCUACUCUAUUCAAUCCAUGUCCAUGACCGAACGCUUAGCCCACACCACGAGAUACAUGAAAGAGCUCAAAGCAUGGCGCAUGGAAAUGUCUAGCUUUCUAGACCACAACAGUUUAAAAGCCGCGCCACUGAUCUUGAUCUAUCAGCGACAGAAAAAUGUACUUAAUCUAGCAUACUGGCACACGGUAAUCCUAACGAACCGUCCUCUCCUGCUCACCAAUUUUGCACGGUUAACAAACAGCACACGUUCACGGCAGCUGGGAGAAAGCGAGCGGAGAGCCCAUAUUGAUGAGAGUAUCUCGGACUGUCUACAUGCUGCAAUGGAAAUUGCGGGCAUCGUGGACAUGAUGACCCAAGCAAAGCAACUCCUGCGUGCCUUUUGGUUCACCCCAUACUUCGCCUUCUCUGCUUCCGUCAUCUUGUAUGUGUACACAAUACAACACAGCAAGGAGCCAGAUGAUGUCUAUCGGCCAUACUAUGCUGCCGCAGAACGCUGUCAGCGGCAGAUCAUGGCUGUAGCCGAAGAAGGAUCUCUGACCUCUCGAUACUGUGUCGUUCUAGAGGAGCUACGUGCCGAGGCUGUGCGGCAAAUAGCUCUAGCCGAAAGUGCUGAGAAUCAAUCAACACAGCCUUACUCUACAAUUGACACAAGGAGUAGAGAUGUCGACGCUUUCACAUCGAAUGUCGACAAUGUGACAGCAGAGUUCGAAUUCACUUCCCCGGACCUGGUUGCAAUAGGCCAGGUCGAUAAUUUACAAGUCAGUCCUGUGAACUCUCUAGAAGACCUGACAGGCUGGGGUCAGUUCGAUUCGAUGGUAAGCCCUCGUUGA